UUGGAAAGGUUGUCGCUCGUAGACUUCAGUCAAUGUGAAGUAGAAUCUACCUUGAAGAAUGCUUUGCAACUGGCUGAUCAGAUUGUCGCUGUGAACACGGAUGGCGUAGAACCUUUAGUCACAGUUUUAGAAGAUAGACCACAAAAUGGAAGAGAAAAUGGACCUGAAUGUUUCUGAUUCUGUCAUGGACCAAGAGGCAGCUCAGUCAAGCACUGUUGAAAUCGCCACUUCUAAAAUGAAGAUCAGUACGGAGGAUAUCGCUAUUUCACUUCAGCUUUUCAAUAAAAGAUUGAAUGAGCAACUGAGACCUAAAAUCAAGAGUCAAAGAUCUUUAGCGGAUGUUUAUGCAAGUAUGAAAAUGUUUAAUUCUUACUACAAUGACAUGCAAAACUACAUUGAAUCAGCACGGGACAAUUUCAAACGACAGUUGGGAAUUAUUUUGGGAGAAAACUGGGAUCAGCAACUUCUUUGCAUUGAGAACAACCCCAAGUCCUCAUCUGAGAGUCAUCAAAAUCAUGGAUGUGUUAUUAGCGAAACGGGUCCAGGAAAUGGUCUCCCAAAUUUUCCAACUCAGUAUGAAGUUCGCAGCAUUUGUGAUGUUGAUGAGAAAACAGAGUCAAAGGAAACCUCCAGAUCAUCUUCAGCUUGUGCCAAAGAGCCUCAGUCUUUUGGUUCCAAUGAUGUCGAUGUUAAGGACAAAUCUGGAGAAGAUGUUAAUUCAGACCAUCCUGUAUCGAAAGGGAAUAUAAAUGUCUCAAACAGUCUUGAAAGCUAUGACAGCAGUAACGACCUCCCAGAGGCUGGUCCUGCUAAAGAACUAACGCCUGAUGUAUUACUUCCUUCAAGCCAAGGUGAUUUCAAGAGUGAUUCAGAUAAAACAGCUCCCCACCAUCCUGAGAGCAAUUUGCCCAGCAGUGAUACAGGUGAAGACAAGGAAUUGCAUUCUGACUCAGGGCCAAGAAUUGUCUCGGUAUCGACCAUUGAAAAUAACGGGUUUAGUUCCUUGUCAGGACAAAAGCCACUUUCUCAACUGGAAUCACAGAUGUCAGAAAGUCUUUUGCGUAAUUUGUCACCAAUUUUGUUUGCCGAGACUUCCAAGGACCAUAAUGAAUUUGAAGGUACAGAAAAGUCCAUUGAAAAAGCUCCAAGUGAUGUUGAGUCAGAACACAACGUAAUUGAAGCUACACCUGUGGAUGUGGAUCAAGAACUUGAAAGAGAUAACUUUAUCCUAACACCCACAUCGUCAAAAAGAAGGAAUGAAGUGGAUGAAACAUCCAGAAAAGUUUAUGAAUGGCUGAACAAGUCUCACAAUUCAGAAAGUAUCGGAGGUAGCUCUGACGAAGAAGAGUAUCAAGCUGCAAAAAAGUGUGUGGAUGAUGAUGCCCGAACAGAAAUCAAUGAUGCUGAUUCAUCCGUAAAAAACUCAGAUGAUGGUGACAACAUUGCUGUAAUAGACAACAGCAGUUUAACUUCUGUAGAUGGACGGGUUUCAAAGACUGUCAAAAAGAAAUCAGGUAGAACAGAUGAUAUAAUUGAAAUAUCUGAUGAUGAACAGUCAGCAUCGGAAGUUGUCGAGUCAGAGAAAACGGCUAGACACAGCGAUGAUGUUUGUGAGAUUAACUCCUCUCAAGAAAUAGGUGGGUCCAUGAGUAUCAAAGAUUCUGCAAGGCCUGAUAAUCAUGUAUCAGAGUCCUCAGAUACUGAAUCAAAAACAGAAAUGGCAAACAAAAAAUCAAAGCAGAACUCCAACCUCAAUUCUCGUGCAAGUAGCGAAAAGUCAAUGAGCAACAAUGCAACUCAACAAAUUCACCCAGAAAAUGUGGAUGAAGCCAAACGCACCCUUCUGGAGUCUUCGUGUUCCUCAAAUGAAGAUGUUGAAAAUGGGGAUCACCUGAGUGAUGAUGAUUGGGAUUCAAAUGCAACUGUGAUAGUUGAUAAGAAGAAAAAAUUAAGGAAGAAAAAACGGAAAAAAACAGGCUCACAUGACUCUGGCUCGCAUAGUGAUAAGGAAAGUUCAGAUGAAGAGGAAAAAGUAAAAAAACUUUUGGACUUUAACUCUCUAAAAAAACGCAAAAGAGUGUUUGAGUCCAGCAACAGCUCUUCAGAAAAGUCAGCUGAUAUUUCAAACGAUGAAAAUAUCACCAAAAGAAAGAAGAAGAAAAAACAGAAAGAUGAGGCGGAUGUCUAUGAUGAAAGCCUUGAACCUGAAAUCAAUGAGCCAAGUCUCCCAAAUAGUCCUAACAGGGCUGAAGAUCAAAGUAAAGACAUCUAUCGGCAAAUGUUAUUGGACUCCAAUUCCUCCCCAAGCUCUGAUGAACAAUGCCCUCUUACUCCUCAACCAGAAAAAGUGCCCAAAAAAGUCAAGAAAACUCUUGAAAAUGACACUGCGAAACGCAGGAAUUCCUCUGAAGACUCUUGCAAAAAGAAAAAAAAAAGAAAAUAUGAUCCCCUUCUCCAGGGAAAAUUUUCACUCUCCAGCUCUGAUUCUGAUGGGAAAAAGAAAAAAAACCCAUCUGAAGAGAGUGAAAUUUAUGAUCGCAAGUAUGAAAGAUUGUUAGAAAAACAAAGAAGGAAAGAAGAAUCAAAAAUGCGUCAUAAGUCGAGUAGUGAUGACUGUUCAGACGCUUCUGCUUCCUCCAAAGAGCAAAACAAUGAGCCAAUCAACUUUGUAAGUGUUGAUCCAGAGUGUGUAGAACUGGAGGAUGAUUCUGAGGAUGAUCGCACAACUAUCGGCUAUCAUCAGAUAUCCUCAUCUGCAUCUGAUGAUAAUGAUGAUGAUGUGCAGUGCAUUCCUCAGUCGCAAGAAACAACAGCAAGCAACAAAGGCCGCAAAAAUAUUCGGAAAGUGAUUUCUGUUGAAGAAAUGACAGCAGAAUCCAAACGAGCUGCUAAAGAAGAAGAAGAACGGCAAAAGCGACUCUCAGAGAAAGAGAAAUGGUUGUCUCAAACGUUCACCGAGCCAGAACCAGAAAAGCUUGUUCUUGAUGCAGAUGAAGAGACAAAGCAGCCUAUAGUAACAGUGCAUCCAGGUUUAAUGCGAAUUCUUAAAAAGCACCAAGUAGAGGGCUUACGAUUUAUGUGGAACUCAUGUUUUGAAUCUAUAAAGUUAGUAAAUUCUAGUGCAGGGUCUGGCUGUGUUUUGGCUCAUUGUAUGGGUCUCGGAAAGUCUCUCCAAAUUGUUGCUUUAGUCCAUACAAUCAUGUGCCAUCCGCAGUUGAAUUUACGUACUGUUCUCAUCAUCUGUCCAAAGACUGUGGUUCUCAACUGGGGUGAUGAGUUCAAAAAAUGGCUUAGGUACAUUAAAGAUUCAGACCAAAGUAGCCCUAUAAUUUCUGUAAGUAACUUGAACGCUUUUAAAGAUGUGCACUUCAAAGAAAGAAGUUUACGCGACUGGCAAAAUAAGGGUGGUGUCAUGAUUUUGGGGUACAAUGAGUUUCGUGCCCUUGUCACAAACAAAGAUCGUCCGGAGAAUUUGCAGAAUGUUUUUAAUAACAUAAAAAAUCACCUUAUUGAUCCUGGCCCAGAUGUAGUGGUAUAUGAUGAAGGUCAUAUACUUAAGAAUAAUGCAGCUAGCCUUACCAAAGCUGCAAAUCUGGUAAAAACAAAACGACGCAUUGUGCUAACAGGAACACCAAUGCAGAACAAUUUAAUGGAGUAUUACUACAUGGUGAAUUUGGUCAAGCCCAACUAUCUUGGAGACAAGAAGGAAUUCAGUAACCGAUUCUUUAACCCAAUCACAAACGGACAGUUUCAAGAUUCCACACCUCAGGAUGUAAGAAUCAUGAAAAAUCGUACUCAUGUUCUCCACAAAAAGCUUCAUAAUAUUGUACAACGCUUUGAUGCCAAUCUUUUCAAAGAUGAACUACCAGCAAGGUAUGAAUAUGUGUUAAAACUCCGCAUGUCAGAGCUUCAGUCAAAGCUCUAUAAACACUUUAUCAGCAGUAUAAAAAAAGAUGCUGAAGGACAUGCUGAAAUUGAAAAAAAUCGAUUGCUCCUUAAAAGUGAUAAAAUAUUAGGUCUCAUUUGUAACCAUCCUAAAUUAGCCACUAAUUUUUUUGACUCUGCUCAAAAACCAGAAGAGCAGCUCAACAUCACAGGCGAUUGGACAGACUGUCUGAAAGGUUUGAACCUUGAUGAUGUCACCUUGAGUCCUAAAACAUUCUUAUUUUUUAAGGUUCUCAAGAAGUGCACUGAGAAUAAAGAUAAACUUCUUGUCUUUAGUCAGCACUUGAAAACUUUGGAUUUGUUAGAAUUUUUUUUGAAAAAAGCCAGCUGUAAUAACAGCACCUUCAAGUCAAAUAGUGCGAAAGGAGAAACUUGGAUCUCAGGUGUAGACUAUUUUAGACUGGACGGCAGUACUCCUGGACCUGAUAGACAGAAGUACUGCGACAUAUUUAAUUCAAAUAACCCAAGAGCACGACUUUUCCUUCUGUCUACCAGAGCUGGGGCUCUUGGAUUGAAUCUAACAGGUGCAAAUCGUGCAAUAGUUUUCGAUGUAUCUUGGAACCCAUCUUCAGACUCGCAAAGUGUUUUCAGAAUCUAUCGUUUUGGCCAAGUCAAACCGUGUUACAUUUAUCGAUUCGUCAUGAAGGGCACAAUGGAAGAAAAAAAAUACCAUCGGCAGGUCUCAAAAUUGUCCAUGUCAUCUCGGGUUGUUGAUAAGCAUCAAGUUGGUCGCCACUAUCAAGAGGAAUAUUUGCGAGCACUAUUUGAGUACAACUUUGACUAUGGGCAACGUUCGACUCCUAGACUUUCGCAAGAUAAGGUUUUGACAGAGCUGCUUAUAAACUUUGAUCUUAUAGAUACUUAUGAAGAACAUGAAAACCUUUUGAUGAACCUACAAGAUGAAGAGUUAACUGAAGAAGACAGACUGAAAGCAAUAGCUGAGUAUGAAGCUGAAAUCAACCCUCCGCCUCCGCCUCCACCUCCACCUCCAUUCCCAGGAUCAUCAGGAGUAAGUGGGCCUGCAGGACUUCAAAACCCAUCGAUCUCUGGAGUAUUCUCAAGACCUGGAGGGCCCUUCACUGCUCAAGAGUGGACAGAAAAAGCUAAAGUGUGGGCAAAAAGAGAAGAAACCUUUUUCAAAAAAUGUUAUAAAGAUAAAAAGAUCCCAUUACCAUACAUGCCAUUACAGCCAGCAAAUAAGCAGGCCCCAGAAACGAUGUCAAACUCAUCAGCAAAACUCACGGGGAAUAGUGAUAAAAUUAGUGAAGCCAAAGUUAACAGCCAUACUUGUAGCGAUUCAGAUCAAAUUAAAUCUUGUAAUCCUACACAAGACAAAGAUUCCCAACAUCAACCCUUGUCAUAUCAGUCUGCUUCCAGUAUAAAUGGACCAAAUGUUAAUCGUAAAGCCUCUGUCAAUCCUUCCUCAGCAGUUGGAACUUUACAGACUGAUUUUAAGCAGCCACAGACAGCGGUCAAGAAUAGUUCAUUGCCCCAGACUUCAUCAGCAAACGAUAAGAAUCAAGUCGGCUCUAAUCCAUCCCCAGCAUUUGCAACCUCACGGGCUGAUGUAAAUCAAGCGCAGAAAACUAUCAAGAGCCAUUCAUCACUUCCAACUUCGGAUGUUAAUCAGUCAAAGACAGCUACAACACUUCAUAAAUUCAAACGUCGUCUGAAUGGAUUGUCUGAUCGGGGCUUCACCGUUCACUGUUCACCGUCCCAGACUUCAUCUACAAACGAUCAGAAGCAAGUCCGCACUAAUCCAUCUCCACCAAUUGCAACCACUCAGGCAGAUGUAAAACGACCGCAGAUAACUAUCAAGAACAGUUCAUCUCUUUCAACUUCAUCCGUGAAGAAUGCAUCAACACUGAAAACUCCCAUAGUUCUGGGUAGUUUGGAUAGAAGUGCAGAGACUGAUUCAAGUUUGAAGCAAAGCAGAAACGAGGGCAGGGACGGAACGAUGAAUGAAGAGGGCAAAAAGGUAAAAGUACCUAAAGUUCAUCUUCCUCAAGAUUUUCGUAAUAAUGUAGUAAAAGGAAUUCAUGCAAAACAAGACACCUCUAAUGGAGCCAUAGGAGAAAGCACUAAGACAAUUCCAAAUCUUUCCCAGUCAAAAGUGAAUGGUAAGAGCAACUUGAACGGAAAUCAGACAGCAACAACUAUAAAUUCGAGCUCAGUCAAGCAUGGUUUUUCCAUCAAUCCUGAAAUAGAGGUCACUGUCAAUCGCAUUCCAAAUGAAGGAAAUCAGCCGGGCUUUCAAGUAAUUUCUAACUCGAAACCCAAGUCAGUCAAGGUCUCAAAUGCCAACUCAAUCUCAAAGGGCAGUGUAAAAAAAAAUUGGGACAGUUUGGAGAGUUCUAUCCAGAAAAAUCAAGCUCCAAAACUACAGCCAUCAAUGUCCUCUGGCGGAUUAUAUUUUUCUGAUAAGUCAGUUCAGCCAAAAUCGUCAACUUUGCCUGGCACCUCAUCUCACUUUAGAACGCUUGCAUCAAGCAGUCACUCUACGGCUUCAACACCUCCAACUUUGAAUCAACCAUCCAAAACAAAUUCAGCCGGUAAAUUAGUGCCUGGUAUGAAGCAGAGAGUACCUUCAUACAGGAAUUCUCCUCCUUACCAAGAGGGAAAAUCUUCCAGUCAAGGAAAUGUGACUCGAAAUCUCCACGGGAAAUCUAGUCAGAAUUCUGAAGAUAAGUCUGCUGCUGUAAGGAAUGGGCCAGCCAAUCAAUCUGGUGUGAAUAACAAUCAGAUCUCUAGUUGUAGCAACUCUGGCGGUGGCGCAGUCCCAGAAGGUGAUGAAACAGUAUCCCUUAGGGAUAUAAUUGACGGGCUCAAAAAACACGUCCAAGAGAAAUGCAGUGGACAAGAUAACCAAAGCAAGAAAUGAGUUUAAUUCAAGAAAUGCAAAUUGCAAUGCAUUUUUAUGGGAGCAGCAAAUGCUAUGUCUCACGGGCUGCGAUGGAGGGAGAGAUGGCGAAGGGGAGGGGAUGAUUCCAAAAAGAUGCGCGGUGACAAACCUGUGUAGAUUGUCUUAUCUCGCCCGAAAAUUGAACACUUACCAAUUUGACCUUAUUUAACUGUGAUUUUAGUGUACUUUUACAUUUAACUAAAUAUUAUAGAGGUAUUUAUAAGUAGUUAUAAAGUUUGCAACUUGCUCAUGUUUGUUCUCCAUUAAAAAUCCAAUUUUGUAACUAUUUUUGCUGUUCAGUUUACCAAGAAGAGCAUCUAGCACAAAAUAGUAGUUAGAAUCUUUAAAAUUUGAACAAUGAUUACCAUUUUAUUGCUCUUUUUUGACCAAAAUAUCACAAGUGUCAUAAGCAAAAAAUCGUCGACGCUACCAUAAAAUUUGCAAGCAAAGACUGUUUUUUAGUUUUUUAAUGACUCGGUAGUCAAAAAAAGAAAAUUUAAUGUGUUAAAAAUAUCUGUUCUUGUGAUAUGUUCUCUUUACUUACUGUAAUGUAUAUAAUUGCGAAAGAAGAAUAAUUUUUUUUAUUAUUAAUUCCAUGCAGAUCUUUGAAACAAGUUGAGUCCACCAUCAAAAUCAGCUAAGCCAACAAGACUCCAUAGUUACAUUUGAAAUGGUUAACAAAGCAAACUAUUUGAUAAGGUACACAAAUUACAAAAUUUAAAUUCCAAUUUGCACUAUGAAGAUGAUAAUCAAAAUCUAAUUUUCCGAAUGUACACCAGUCUUAUCAAAUUUGGCCCCCAAUUGGCGCUUGUGAUAGUUUGUCCUGAAGAAAAUGAUUCAAUCAAGGUUCCUUUGCCUCUUUUCAAAUCAAGUUUAAACUAAAUAAGUAUUUUCGAAUUUUCUGUCAAAAGUUAGGGUUAAAAGACUGAUCUUGCUGAAGUUGCAUAACAGUUGUAAAAUUUCAUAUGUAGUAUGUACAUUUAAUAUCACAUGCCAGUGCCACUGUUGAUGUCAAUUUUAUCACUGUUGCUGUGUGUUUUGUUUUGUGAUUAGAUUUAAUUUGAUUUGAUUUGCUGUAAGUAUCCAACCCUCGUUACUCUUAUUUUGUCCUAGGACGUUUGCUAUCCAAGAAAAAACCAAGGAUGUUUCUCAUUUUGCUUUAAAAAAAAUUCACUUUAAUGUGUUUUGACAGAUCUGUUGGAUGAAAGUUUGCUUAUCCGCACAGACCAUUACUACAAGUCACUGAGUUGUAAGGACUUUGAGUUAAGUGUUAAGAACAGGCAUUUUCUUUUGAAACGUAGUGGUGGUAAAGGUAUCUAUAAUAUAUUGAAACAGAAAAAUGAGCAUAUUGUAGCCUUGAUACCUUAAUUUUUGUUGUUUUAUUUAUAUUUUAUGCUGCUAAGCGCUUUUCGGCUCACCUAGCCAUCUUCACGCAUGCCGAAAACCAAACAAUCAUUCAAUCGGUAAGCCUGAAGAUGGCCAUGUGGACCGAAACGCGUUUCGCAGCAUGUAAUAGAAGUAAAUAAAACAAAAAUUAAGGUAUUAUGACCACAAUAUUCUCACUCUUCUGUUUUCUUUUCAGUCUUGAAUUAUAACAAUUCAAUGAUAAUUUAUGUAGUAUCCGUCAUAAGUGUUCGAACUUCGAUUAGAUGAUGAAAGCAUAUCCCUAGAAAAGUUACUGAAAAUACAGACUCGGACGAAAUCAACCGACAAUGGCCUAACUGCUUUUCACAAUCUAUAAUUUCUUUUUAAGUUUUUUUAUUUAUUUUUUUUUUACUUCCUAAUCCUAGAUUGAAACAACGUAAUGCCUUGAAACCUUUUUGCACUUUUCUCCUGUCCUAUAAAUAAUUUUACAAUAAUUGAAGCUAGUCUGAAAAAAUACUUUUCCCCUUGAAAUAAUUUUUUUCUGAAAAAAAAAAAAACAGAAAAAGGAAGGAAAUUGAUGUAAAUAGACUUAUUCUGGUAAAAUCAGUCAAAUUAUUGUAAAAAUUGUUUGAAGAACACAGAUGAUCCUGCGUCCUUGUUAAAUUUUUGUCUGUAUCCUCAGUUAAAUGCACAUAAGUCAAGGUCUAAUUCUGACGUAUUUCAACCUACCAUACUAAUCACUGUUAUUACACUAAAACAUUUUCACAGAAGAUUUUGCUCCUGCACUCAGUGCUAAGUGUAUUUUACAUAAUUAAUAUCAAACUCGAGUAAUAUAAUGAGUUCAACACAUUUACACCCAUUCUAUAUUUAUUCUUAGAUUUUUCUGCAAUUUUCAAUGCAGUCAUAGAAAUCGUUGGAUUCAACUAAUUAUUUUUUUGGUAUUUUUUUCUUUUUUAGCCAUUUUUCAAGAAAUGAUCCUGCUUAUGAUUUCAUUUGUAUAUAUAUGUAUGUAUGUAUAUUGAAAGGAGAUUAAAUUUUGUUACCACGAA